GUGAAAGAUUCAAUUUUAGCAACGCGUUCCACAUCACACGAAGAAGACGGAGGCGUUUAAUUUUACGGUUUCUGUUACGUCGUUUUGAACAUACAGCUUGAAAUAAACUAAUCCAAUAAACUGAGCGAUUUAAUAUUUUGUAAUGCUGCAUAUGACAUGGCUGUAGCAAUGAGCUCCACUUGUCCUGGGCUGUACUGUGGAAGGACCAUCAUAAAUGACUCUUUUGAAGGAGAAUGUGGGGUUUGUCCUCGUGGCCAGAGAACUAACUAUGAAAAGAUAUGUGAGGAAUGCAGCGGAUCUCCUGAGCUGUAUGACUGGCUGUACCUGGGCUUCAUGGCGAUGCUGCCUCUGGUCCUGCACUGGUUCUUUAUUGAGUGGUUUUCUGGGAAGAAAAGUUCUAGUGCCCUUUUCCAGCAUAUUACCGCUCUGUUUGAGUGCACGGCUGCUGCCAUAGUGACUCUGCUUCUCAACGAUCCUGUCGGCCAACUGUCUAUUCGUUCCUGUGAGGUUAAGGUGCUUUCUGACUGGUACACCAUGUUGUACAACCCCAGUCCCGACUACGUCACCACUCUGCACUGCACGCAGGAGGCUGUGUUCCCUCUGUACACCAUCGUGUUGAUCUACUACGCCUUCUGUCUGGUUUUUAUGAUGCUUCUGCGGCCACUUCUGGUUAAAAAGAUUGCGUGCGGUUUAGGCAAGACCGAUCGUUUCAGGAGCAUCUAUGCAGCACUGUACUUCUUCCCCAUCCUCACUGUCCUGCAGGCAGUUGGAGGAGGACUUCUUUAUUAUGCAUUUCCAUAUAUUAUUUUGGUCUUAUCUUUGGUCACGUUGGCAGUUUACAUGUCAGCUUCGGAGAUACAGUCUUUCAAAAACCUUGUGGCUAAGAAGAAACGCCUCGUGGUUCUCUUCAGCCAUUGGCUCCUCCAUGCAUAUGGUAUCAUUUCCAUAUCCCGACUGGAUAAACUGGGGCAGGAUUUGCCGUUGUUGGCUCUGGUGCCUGGACCCGCUCUCUUCUACCUGCUGACGGCCAGGUUCACAGAGCCAAACAGAAUUCUGGCAGAGGGUGGGAAUGGACACUGAUGUCACUUCCUGUGUAGGAGAAUCACCUCCCUCAAACUCACGUUAGAGACUUUUAAUUGAAUGACACCUUUGGCACGAACACCAAAGAGCCAUAGUCAUUGCUCAUGAUAUAGUAUGUUGCCAUAAAGUUUUCUUUUAAUACUAUUUGUUGUUUGCGUGUAUUGAACAGAGAUCAAAUGCAAUACUUCAUGAAGAAUGUUCUUUUCCUAACUGUUUUUCUUUGAAUCCUGAAAGCGAAUUUUGGAAAGUAGUAGUCGAUGUUUUUGUAAAUUUAUGGUAACUUAAGUAUAUAUGACUCAUUUAAGUUUUGGUACUUUUUGUGAUUUGUACUUGUUGUCAAGAAUAGAUACAAAUCAACAAUUUGUUGUAAAUGUACAAUGUAUUUUUUUUGUGUGAGUGAUAAAUAUGAAACAGCUGGUCUGUGAAUUUCCCGAGAGCCCUGAAGUAAUGUUAACCAUUUUCAUAUGACAAACUUUGUUGUGCCAAAAAGAAUUGUAUGUAUUUACUCUGUUUUCAUGCAUGGAUAAAAGCUUAACACUAUAAAAGGUAUGUUGUGACAAAUUUGCAUGUGGCAUUAUAUGAUUGUUUUGCUGCUGAAUAUGUAAAUCUGCAUACACAUUGUAUUGUGAGAAUAAUUAUGUAGUUUUCAAUGUUCUCAGACCCUCAUCCUCACAACUUGAUUAAAGAUUUCUCUUAUUAAGGAUGUAUAUUUAUACGUUCUACAGUGAAGUGUGGAAUAUAACAAACUGAUUAGAGAUAUUAAUGUUUUACAGUUUUAUUCAACAUGUAGUAUAUGUUAUACAUGGUGGUGAUUUACAUUCAUUGCCAUCAGAUCUAUGAAAAUGAAUGUUUGUCAGCUGUGUUUGACUUGAAUAAACUGUGACAGAUUUU